AUGAAUUGCUUUUUGGAAUAACCAUUUUAAUAUAGAUAAUCAAGAUGUUUAUCAUUCAGUCCUUACAAUGAUAACAAUCUCAUUAAACAACUUAAGAGAUAACUUCAUUAUCCGCCUUAAAAAGUCAUGCAAUUAGACACUUAUGAAUACAUGUAAACCCCACAAUAAGUGGAAACAAAUGUGAUCAGUUCAGAUUCCAUAUAGCAUUACCAAAAGUUAAUUGAGGACAGAAAAAAUUCAUUAAUUAUUGACUCGAAUCCAAGAACUUUAAAAUAAGAGGCAGCAUAAAGUGCAGAUAUUUAUUAAUAUAAAUUAAAUAUACCAAAAGUUGUAGUAGCCAAACAAUUGAAUUAGAAUAUACUUAGAAAAAAGAAGAAAAAAAUAAAUCCAAUUAAUCCCCAAGAUUGUAAUGAUGACGACAUCUAACAAUAGACAAUUGUUUUAUAAACCAACAAUGUGAUUGUCUAGACGGAGAAUAAGAAGGAAAAAGUUUCCUUUUUGCCAUUAAUAAAAAAACAAAAAUUAUAACUUGAGGAAUAGCCUAUACAGAGAUCUGCAAGAUAUCAAUAAUUAAUGAAAAAAUCUUUUGGCGAUUAAUUUGUCGAACUUUAAUCCUUAAUCAAAAAGAUGGAGAAGCAGCCAAUUUAAAAAAGAGAAAAAAAAGUUACUUUUCUUCUCUGA